AAUAGAGAAUACAUUUUUAUUUUAAAUAUUUAUAAUGGUUUUUAUUACUCCGGGGUUCUGGGGAACGCUAUUUAAAGGUGUUAGAACAACAAAGAAAAGUAUGAAACAAUGGUGGUUUAAAGUUUGCUCAGGUGUUGUUAAUAAGGUGCAAAAAUAUAUAAACAUGAAUUUAAUUAAACACCACUUAUUUUAUUACCUACGUUGGUGCGUUAAUUGCCUACAUUUUGUAAGCUAAGCAGCCAUGUUGUUUUUAUUAUUGACAAUAUUCGUUCUUAUUUCAAAUGUGGCCGCCAAACUUGCAUACAUACCGGACCCUUUUGAAAAUAGGUUCCGUUUGAACGAUCUCAUUCAGCCAAUAUUUAAUUUUAAGUUGAACUAUUUUAGUGGUGAUCCUUUGUGGGUCAUAGAAUUAAGUAGUGAUAAUUUUAUUCAGCCCAAACUUAGACUCGGAAAUUCGGCAGAAAUGGACGAGUUUUACAAAUACAUCGCACCAUUGAUUUCAGCCGCCCAACGAAGACAGUUGUCUAAUCCUAACAGAAGCCCGACGCAACAAACUCCAAACCCAGCAAAACCUAGUGAUGCUGAAAAACAAGAAACAAUUCACGAUAUAAAAAAAGAUUUCUUGGGACUUGUAAAUAAGUUUAUAUUAUCAACAAAUGUUGUACCAGAUGCGUAUCUAAUGGACGACACCUACCAUACUGACCCGACUGUAGCGUUAUAUUUCAAAGGACCAUACACUUCGUUAAAGGUUAGAGCAGGAAGAAAGCAGUGGAACUACUUUAUAGAGCAAGGACCAAAGUUUGACGAUUGGUUUUACGAAAAUCACGACACAGCGGAUAGUCCUAUUUCAGUUCCCGGAUCCGUCGAAAUAAACCUAUUUAGCACAGUCUUGAAGUAUUUAAAAUUAAUGUUUCGUUUUCAUCUUAAUCAUCAAGCAUAGUUUGAUUUAGUUUUAUUUAAUAAAUGUGUAUCUUUAUCU